UCGAGGCCGUAAUCAUGCUCUACGGCGCGUCCAACGGCCCUAUGUUUGGCCUCUUCUGUUUGGGUCUCUUCUUCCCGUGGGCCAACUCCUGGGGCUGUGGACUGGGAAUGGCUGUCGGACAGGCCUUCUGUCUGUGGAUUACUGUGGGAUCGGUGGUCGACAAGCGAUCCUUAUUUGACGUCUUGCCCACGAGUACUGAGGGCUGUGCCGCUCAGAAUAUAUCCGUCUUAUAUCCCGGCGCUAAUCUCACGUCUCUCACGCACUAUAAGCCGGCCCCAUAUUAUCCGACGGGCUUUGAUAUGGUUCACCAUUUGAGUCCGUUUUUCGUGCCGACCAUUGGUUUCGUCAUAACUCUGAUUGUGGGGAAUGUCAUCAGUUUGCUGACGAAAGGCAACAAAGACAAUGCCAUCGACAAGAAUUUGGUUCAUUUCGACAUUUGCCACAAUUUGGAGAAACUGUUGCCAAAGAGUUGGCGCCAAUUCCAUGAGAAAGACACCGAAAAAACGGACCUCAAAGACCACACCAAGUAC